GACAAGCAAUUAAUUAAAAAAUGGAAGGUUCAAGGCUAGAAGAAACGAUGAAGAAGGGAGGAGAAAAGUAUAGGUCCUUUCUCCAUGAAGAUUUAGCAGAGAACACCAAUUGGAGACACGGUGGUCCCCCUGUUUACGAUGCCGUAAACAAACUGUUUGAAGAAGGCCGAACCAAGGUGUGGGAAAAGGGAUCAUUAGAAGAAACCGUACAAAAUGCAAUAAAAUCAUGGGAGAUGGAACUAAGCCACAAGACUCGCAUACAAGACUUCAAGACAAUCAAUCCUGAAAAGUUCAAGCUCAUUGUCAACGGCAGGGAGGGUUUAUCAGCCGAGGAAACAUUGAAGGUAGGGAGUUAUAAUGCCUUACUUAAAAAUACACUUCCUGAUGAAUACAAGUAUUACAAAGCUGAAGAAGAAACCUUUGAAUCGUCUCACGAUGUUUUUCGAUCAGCCUUUCCUCGUGGAUUUGCGUGGGAAGUGAUAAGCGUCCAUUCUGGACCGCCCGUGAUAUCGUAUAAGUUCAGGCAUUGGGGUUACUUUGAAGGUCCGUACAAAGGCCAUGCCCCUACUGGCGAAAUGGUUGAUUUCUAUGGAAUGGGCAUCCUCAAGGUUGAUGAAUCAUUGAGAGCCGAAGAUGUUGAGAUUUAUUACGAUCCAGCUGAUCUAAUCUCGAAAUUGCUCAAGGGACCGUUGAUGAUACCUGGAGACCAAAAUGUGGCCGUGGAUACUUCUGUGGCACAAACGGGCAGUUGCCCUUACCAGAAUUAAUUAGCAAGACGGACGAUAUAUAUGUGUUUGCUCUUGAUGAUGUUGUGAUCCUUUUUCUGGUUAAUUUGUGUGCUUAAUUUACUGUUUUAGUUUUUUCUCAUUCGAUCAAUAUCAAAUUUGAAUGUAUGAACUCGAUCAAGUUCUCCAAUGUUGAAAAUUCUAAAUUCUUUGUA